AGUCUCUGAAGCCGCUUAGUUCGCGACCGACACGUCACAACGUCACGUGGUGUUUGUCCUUUCUAGAAAAAAAUGGCGGCUGUUGACAUCGAUGUGCCGGUGGAUGCGGAGCUUCAGCUUCACAAUCAGGACGACCUGGAACGUCAGGCCGAAGGCUUCAAAGAGCAAGGCAAUGCAUUCUACAGCAAGAAGGACUACUCCAAAGCUUUCAAUUACUACACCAAGGCCAUCGAUGCAUGUCCCAAAAAUGCUAGCUAUUAUGGCAACAGGGCAGCCACCCUCAUGAUGUUGUGCCGCUUUCGGGAGGCAUUGGAAGAUUCCCAGCAGGCUGUACGGCUGGACGACUGCUUCAUGAAGGGUCAUUUACGCGAGGGGAAGUGCCACCUGUCUUUGGGAAAUGCCAUGGCUGCCAGUCGUUGCUUCCAGAAGGUUCUGGAAAUGGAGCCUAGCAACAGAGAGGCCCAGCAGGAGAACAAGAAUGCGGAAACGCUGCUGGAGUUUGAGCGACUGGCGGAUUUUGGCUUUGAAAAGCGAGACUUCAGAAAGGUGGUGUACUGUAUGGACAGGGCCUUAGGUUUGGCUUCUGCUUGCCACCGCUUCAAAAUCCUUAAGGCUGAGUGUCUGGCUCUGCUUGGACGCUAUCCUGAAGCUCAGUCUGUCGCUAGUGAUAUCUUGCGCAUGGAUUCCACAAACGCAGACGCCCUUUACGUUCGUGGCUUGUGUCUCUACUACGAGGAUUGCAUUGAUAAAGCCGUACAGUUCUUUGUCCAGGCUCUGCGCAUGGCACCUGAUCAUGAAAAGGCCCGGCUUGCUUGCAGGAAUGCCAAAGCCUUGAAAGCCAAGAAAGAGGAGGGCAACCUGACAUUUAAGAACAACAACUAUGAUGCUGCCUACCAGCUGUACACUGAAGCUCUCGGUAUAGACCCAAACAACAUCAAGACCAACGCCAAACUCUACUGCAACAGAGCCACAGCAGGAGUAAAGCUGAGUAAACUGAAUCAGGCCAUUGAUGACUGCACCAGUGCGAUCAAACUAGAUGACAGCUACAUCAAAGCUUACUUGAGAAGAGCUCAAUGCUACAUGGACACAGAACAGUACGAAGAGGCUGUACGCGACUAUGAGAAAGUGUACCAGACUGAAAAAACGGCAGACCACAAGCAUCUGCUGAAGACAGCCAAGUUGGAGCUGAAGAAGAGCAAGAGGAAAGACUACUACAAGGUACUGGGAGUCUGCAAGAAUGCUACGGAAGAUGAGAUCAAGAAAGCCUACCGUAAAAGGGCCCUGAUGCACCAUCCAGACCGCCACAGUUCGGCCACUCCUGAGGUGCAAAAGGAAGAGGAGAAGAAAUUCAAGGAAGUUGGCGAGGCCUUCACCAUUCUAUCUGACCCUAAAAAGAAGAUACGGUAUGACAACGGGCACGACAUCGCUGACGAUGGCUCCUUCGAUGGCGGAGAUUUUGAUGCAAACAACAUCUUCAGGGCUUUCUUCGGUGGCCACGGUGGAGGAUUUACGUUUGAUUCCAAUGCAGACUCCGGACCUGGAAAUUUCUUUUUCCAGUUUGGCUAAAAAGAAGAAGGAGCACACAAUAAAGCCUCGCCCUGUGGUGUACACUGUCAAGAUGAUGGCCCCACAAGCCCCACCAAGACUCACGCAGCUUUUUGGAUUGACUCCAAUAUAGUAGUGUGACAAAGUCUUUACCCCCUUCCUGAUUUCUUAUUUUUUUGCCUGUUUGUCACAGUUAAAUGUUGCAGAUCAUCAAACAAAUGACAACACAACUGAACACAAAAUGCAGUUUUAAAUGAAACUUUUCAUUAUUGAGGAAGAAAAAAACCUACAUGGCCCUGUGUGGAAAAAGUGAUUGCACCCUCAUUAUGCCCUCCCCAGAAAGAAAGUAUUUGAGAUCUAGCAGUCUGGAAAACUUUGUAAAGCCAUUUCUAAAGCUUUAGGACUCCAGUGAACCACAGUGAGAGCUAUUAUCCACAAAAGGCGAAAAAAUGGAACAGUGGUGAAACUUGCCAGGAGUUGCCGGCCAGCCAAAAUUACCCUAUGAGCGCAGCGACGACUCAUCCAAGAGGUCACAAACAACCCCACAACAACAUCCAGAGAACUGCAGGCCUUACUUGCCUCAGUUAAGGUCAGUGUUCAUGACUCCACCAUAAGAAAGACACUGGGCAAAAAGGGCCUGUAUGGCAGAGUUGCAAGACAAAACCACUGUUGAACAAAAAUGACAUUAAGGCUCAUCUAAAUUUUGCCAGAAAACGUCUUGAUGACCCCAAGACCUUUGGGAAAAUACUGGUCUGACGAGACAAAAGUUUAACUUUUUGGCAUGUGUGUCCCAUUACAUCUGGCGUAAAAGUAAUGCUGCAUUUCAGAAAAAGAACAUCAUACCAACAGUAAAAUAUGAUGGUGGUAGUGUGAUAGUCUGGGGAUGUUUUGCUGCUUCAGGACCUGAUGUGAUAAAUGGAACCAUGGAGAAUGUCCUCCAUCUAUUCGUGAUCUCAAGCUGAAACCAACUUGGGUUCUGCAGCAGGACAAUGAUCCAAAACACACCAGCAAGUCCACCUCUGAAUGGAUGAAGAAAAACAAAAUGAAGACUUUGGAGUGGCCUAGUCAAAGUCCUGACCUGAAUCCUAUUGAGAAGCUGUGGCAUGACUUUAAAAAGGCACUUCAUGCUGGAAAACCUUCCAAUGUGGCUGAAUUACAACAAUUCUACAAAGAUGAGUGGACCAAAAUUCCUCCACAGCGCUGUAAGAGACUCAUUGAAAGUUACUGUAAACGUUUAAUUGCAGUUGUCGCUGCUAAUAUUAACUAAUAUUUUAACUAAUAUUAAAAUUUUGUUGAUGAUCUGAAACAUUUAAGUGUGACAAACAUGUAAAAAAAAAAAAAAAAAAAAAGAAAUCAGGAAGGGGGCAAACACUUUUUCACACCACUGUAAAUGUAUUCCUUGCAUUGAUGCUUCAAAAAUCCAACAUGCUGUUUAAGUCACAAAAUGAGCAGCGUCGGAACAUGCUGACAAAAUGAAAUUGAAUUGAUUUGUAUGUUAAAACUUCCUCUGGAAAUAGAAUCAUCCUAUUUCAUUACUUACAUUAUGUAAUGUGUUUAUUUUAAUCCUCAACACCCAAACAACGUUUUGCAAGUCCAGGUUUUACUGGCUCAUUUGAAAUCUUCUUCCUCUUCUCCUCAUCAAGCUGCAAUGUAUAUUUGACUUGAAUGUAAAGUUCUUCAAUGUUCAUAAAUGGUUUUUUUUCCUGUCUCUCUCUCUCUUUCUAUCCUCCUUGGUCAAUUUUAUAUUUAUUGUUCUGUAUGUUCUGAAGUGUAUGCAGCAUUUUUAUGAAAUGAAAAUACUUUAUUUUUCAUCUCCAUUCCUUUUGCUGUGCAGACUUUUCAUGCCAGAACAAAAGUUCAAAUGCGCCUCUUUUUUUUUUUUUUGGACAUUUUUGCAGCAUCAAGCACUCACUUAUAUACUACUGUCUUACUUGAAGUGGUGCCUUACCAGAAAGAGGAAAUGAUGUGAUGACGCCAGUUAGCCGUUGAUUGCAAGUGAAUUUUCCAUACAUAUGGCAGUAAAAGACAUCUUGUUUGGCCACGAUCACUCGUCAUGUUGUCAUGCAUGUUGACUCACUUGAUGAACGGCCCCUCCCCUACUUGUUCCACCUGUUUAAAGGGCCACUAAAAGAAGGUGGAACAUGUGUACUAAUUCUGUGCUGUGUAACAUUUUUAAAACAUGCUUUUAAAAAAAGUAUUGUUUUUUUUUCUCAAAAAUAAAGACUCGUUUUUUUUUUUUUA